AACCGGCCACCCCCCGAAGCUCUGGAGGAACAAGCAGACCCUAGCUCAGAUCUCCUCCGGCUCCUUUAGAAGACAAAUUGCUGAAGGUCAUGGUUUUCCAGCGCCGGCACCAGGAUCCGCAGCGUGUCUCCUGCCGAGCUGCCAGGUCCUUGUGCGGUGACACAGGGGACUCCCACCAACAGCCUCCUGGGAAAUGUAGUCUUUUACCGGCACUUCCCGGUGCCAGGGAGCCAGCAGUGCAGCAUGGGCCUGUAUUCACAAUAUUCGCUCUGGGAAAACGCUAUACUUUUGUGACUGAGGAAGAAGGAACUGAAGCAUUUUUUAAAUCGAAAGACUUAAAUUUUGAACAGGCAGUCCAACCAGCUGUGGAGAAUGCAGUUUCUGUCCCCGCGAAAGAAUUUUAUCAGAACCAUGGUAACCUCUACAGCAUGUUGAAGGGAAAAAUGGGUCCUUCUAACCUGCACAUGUUCACGGGCACUUUGUGUAAGGAACUCCAGGAGCACAUGGCCCAGCUGGGCAGGGAGGGCACGGGUGACCUCAACGGCCUGGUAAGGUACGUCAUGUAUCCAGCAGUGGUGAACACUUUGUUUGGGAAAGGCAUCUGCCCGACAAGUGAAAUCCAGGAGUUUGAAGAACAUUUUCAGAAGUAUGAUGAGGACUUUGAAUACGCCUCUCAGAUGCCCGAGUGCUUCCUGAGGAACUGGUCUAAAUCCAAAAAAUGGCUUCUAAAAUUAUUUGAGAAAGUCGUGUCGGAUGCUGAAAAGACUAAUCCUUCAGACACCACAUCCAAGACGCUACUGCAUCACCUCCUGGAUAACUUGCAAGAAAAACAUCUGGGUCCCAAUUAUGGUCUCUUGAUGCUCUGGGCUUCCCAAGCAAACGCUGUCCCUGUUGCAUUUUGGACCCUUGUUUUCAUCCUCUCUAAUCCUUCCGUUUACAAGAAAAUCAUGGAAGACCUGGCUUCUGUUUUUGGCAAAGCAGGUAAAGAUAGAAUAGACGUCUCUGAAGAGGAGCUUAAGAAGCUCCCUUUCAUUAAAUGGUGCACUUUGGAAGCCAUACGGCUGAGGUCCCCAGGUGCAAUCACCAAGAAAGUAGUAAAUCCAAUAAAAAUUCAGAAUUACGUCAUCCCUGCAGGUGACAUGCUGAUGUUAUCUCCAUAUUGGUUACACAGGAAUCCAAAAUAUUUUCCUGACCCAGAAAUGUUCAAACCUGAUCGUUGGAAAGAGGCAAAUUUAGAGAAGAAUGCUUUCUUGGACAGCUUUGUGGCAUUCGGAGGAGGGAAGCAUCAGUGUCCAGGAAGGUGGUUUGCUAUCAUGGAAAUCCAGUUGUUCGUUGUGCUGUUCCUGUACAGAUAUGAAUUUGUGCUUUUGGAUGCAAUACCAAAGGAGAGCCCUUUACACUUGGUGGGGACCCAGCAACCCAUGGCACCGUUCCGGAUCCAGUAUAAAUCCCGGGAGUGAAAGCUGCCCAGCUCUAACUGACCUUCCUUUGCCAGCCACCUCUGGAGGGAUGGACCACUGAGCUGUGUCCCUGUCCUGUAUCUUCAGAUAGGUUCUCUGCCUUAACGGUUCUUCAUUUAAACUUUAAAUGCUGUUUAUACCCUGGGUUGUGGUGUGCCAUACCAGUAUAGUCGUAACUGUGCUCCUCACCUGGCUGCCUACCUCCUGGUAUUUCAAAACCAAGCUCUCCUCCUCAUCAUUUGUGGGCCAAUUAUUCACAGACUUUGCAAACCUGAUACACUAAACUCACCAACCAGGCAUUCUGGACGAAAAGGUGCUACGUUUGGAAAUCCUGCGUGGAAGUUGUGCUAGAACCAGCAGAAAGGCAGGUCCCGUGGGCCAGGUCUCUGCUUCCUGCAGGUCUCUUUGAAGCAGGGCCAAAGCAGGGCUGUGUGG